UUUUCAAGAGUGUAUAACCGGAAUUAUAUGGGAACAGUUGACCCUUGCUUUUAUGAUCGUACAGAUAUCAGAAUUAGUUUAUAGAAUUUCUCAUUGUGCCAACGGUACACAUUUCGACAACAACUCGAACAGAGCUCAAAAUUUUUACAAAAACCUAUUUUUUCCCCGAACUAUAAACUUAAAAAAAAAAGUAUUUAAAACAAAAAAAUAAUAAAAAAAAAUAGAAAAAAUAAAAAAACGAAAAAAAAUGCCAAGACCAACAGGACCUGGACCGGCUGCCUACACCUUGCCGAGCACAUUUGGCUAUGAGAAAUGCGACGCACGCAUGCGCCGUGGUCCACAGUAUUCGUUUGGACGGAAACCCUCGAUGCCGGCCUUCAAAAAGUCUGGUCCUGGCCCCGCUGAAUACCAAAUCGGGCAGAUAACGCGUUACGGCAACGCCAAAGGACUGGAGUUCUCCAUGCUGCCGCGGGGACAGCUAAACAAACCGAAUUCGGUGCGCUACGAGUGAUUGGCAUGGAGAAACCGUUCCGGGGAAUUAAAUGGGUCACGUCACGAGUCGGAAUGUGCAGAGAUUAGAUUAGUUGUGAUCAUCAGUAUAUAGUGUAAUAUAAUAUAUAUAGUAAUAGUUAAAGCAUAUAUAGUGCCAGAAUUGGUGCUAACCAUUCUGGUGCAAAUAAAAUAAUUAUAAACAAGAAA